UCUGCUUGUUUUGCUCCCGAGGAAAAACAGUUGGGACAUUUUUUCCACCGAACUACAUCUGGUAGUAGUAUCCGAGAGCGGCCAUAUGUAAUUUAAUCCCAUUCAUUCAUUUUCAUACGCACCUCGCCUCUUUUUGCGAACACCAGACUAAGGUUUUGGGGGCUGAAAUACGGCGUGUUUCUCUCCGCUCCGCCAUUCUUUUGGACGUUCAUCAGUUUAUGCCUCGGUGACUGUCCGUUGCAGGCUGGGUGGUGACAGCAUAGCACAAUGAUCGAACGACCAGAGACCGCGGUUCCCAGCAUCGCUCAGCGGAACCUGGAGGGCUAUGUGGGCUUCGCCAACCUCCCCAACCAGGUGUAUCGGAAGUCGGUCAAAAGAGGGUUUGAGUUUACAUUAAUGGUUGUUGGUGAAUCUGGUCUUGGGAAAUCGACACUCAUCAACUCCCUUUUCCUGACUGACUUGUACUCCAAGGAUUACCCCGGGCCCUCCCAGCGCAUCAAGAAGACUGUGCAGGUUGAGCAGUCCAAAGUGCUGAUUAAGGAAGGAGGGGUCCAGCUGACACUCACUAUUGUGGAUACACCUGGGUUCGGGGAUGCAGUGGACAACAGCAACUGUUGGCAGCCAGUCAUAAACUACAUUGACAGUAAGUGCGAGGACUUCCUGAACGCAGAGUCGAGGGUCAACCGCAGGUCCAUGCCCGACAACAGAGUCCACUGCUGCCUGUACUUCAUAGCGCCCUCUGGACACGGUCUGAAGCCGCUGGACAUCGAGUUUAUGAAGAGACUCCAUGACAAAGUCAACGUCAUCCCUCUCAUUGCAAAAGCAGACACUCUGACUCCAGAGGAGUGCCAGCUUUUUAAAAAACAGAUAAUGAAAGAGAUACAGGAGCACAAAAUAAAAAUUUAUGAGUUCCCGGACACAGAGGAUGACGAGGACAACAAACUCAUCCGAAAGAUCAAGGAGAAGAUGCCACUGGCAGUGGUGGGCAGCAAUGUGGUCAUCGAGGUGAACGGCAAGAAGGUCAGAGGUCGCCAGUACCCAUGGGGCGUGGCAGAAGUGGAGAACGGGGAACACUGUGACUUCACUGUGCUACGCAACAUGCUGAUCAGGACCCAUAUGCAAGAUCUAAAGGAUGUCACCAACAAUGUCCACUACGAGAAUUACCGCAGUAAGAAACUUGCUGCUGUCACCUGUAAUGGAGUGGACACUACCAAGACCAAGGGCCAGCUCACCAAGAGUCCCCUGGCACAGAUGGAGGAGGAGCGCAGAGAGCAUGUGAUGAAAAUGAAGAAGAUGGAGGCAGAAAUGGAACAGGUGUUUGAAAUGAAGGUUAAAGAGAAGAAGCAGAAACUCAAGGACUCAGAGGCUGAGCUGGAGCGACGCCACGAACAGAUGAAAAGGAACUUGGAGGCGCAGUACAAAGAGCUGGAGGAGAAGAGACGAGUUUAUGAGGACGAGAAGGCCAACUGGGAAGCUCAGCAGAGAAUCCUGGAGCAGCAGAAACUGGAUGCCUCCAAGACAAUGGAGAAGAACAAGAAGAAAGGAAAAAUCUUUUGAAGAGAGACACGUCCUGUUCCUUCAAUUUUACAAAAAAAACUCAUAUAUUCUCCCUCCCCCCUGAAGUUCGCAUCUACUGUGGUGCUCAGAACAUACACACACAUAAACAGAUAUGAGGCGCAUCACAUUCCACAACAUCCCUCAGUGUUACAUUUAACAUGCACCACAUGUGACAUGAUCGCCAUCUACACUCACACACAUAAACACAUCCAGAUGCCCACAUGCUCGUCUCUCUGCAGGGUUUCACUGCAUCUGUUAAAACCUUUUCUUUCCAUGGGGAAUGCAUGUUUUUGUGAAAUUCUAUUUUCCUAUAUUUCCUGACAAAGAGGAGAAGCCCGAGUUCCUCUGAGCUACAGUAUGGAGUUAACACAUGGCAGGGACCAUGCAUAGCCAUUUGUACACAAGUAGUAGUUAUAUGUUCUCUACAUAUUCCAUCGAUCUGCAGAUAGACGUACUAUCCCUCUCCUUGAUGCUCUUUCUUUUAUUGUUCUCGAAGAUUUAACACAAGUGUCUACACAAUUAACACACCCAUGUCAUGAAGACUUCAAUGAGAGUGUUUCAGGUGAAGGAAGAGUGUAUGUGAGGGAAGGCAACUGAAUCAGAUGGCAGCUGAGGAAGGAGAAGUCAGGGGAAUUGAGGCCCGGUCACACCAGAGAGUGGCACAGCCUCUAGGGCUUGUUAAUAAACUACUGUAACUAGCAAGCUAACGGCUAAUAGGCCAUCAGGUAACUCGCUUGCACUGUUGAGUUUGAGAAGCUUUUUAACUUUAUAUUCCUAUUUUCUUAGUAUUGAGCCAUUUACUCCUCCCUCGGAAUGCCGUUCUUGGGAUGUAUUUGUUAUUUGAUAAAGAGUUACUGAAGGCUGGGGAAAAAAACUCUUUGAUUAGUGUCUCAGUUAACAUUGCCCGUUUGCUAAUACGUCUUUUUGGAUAAAACAAUACAUUUCCUCAGUUAGCAAAUUUCCACCAUUGGCUAUGUCUUUUGAAUAAAAUAGUAAGUUUACCAACGUUAGCAAAUACAUGUUUGGAUAGUAAGAUAAUAAGUUUCAACCGUUAGCAAGUACAUUUUGAAAAUAAAUUGUUAGUUUCCAAUGUUCGCAAAUACGCUAAAACUUUGGAAGUGAAACUGUAGGUUUCCACCGUUAGCUAAAGCGUCUUUUAAAUGAAACAAUAUGGUCAUUUUCCAGUUAGCUAACUUACUAUCUGUGUCAAAACUUGACUCGUGUCCCAUGACUGCUUUACAACCUAUCCCUGGUUUGUGGAAUCCUCUAACAGAGGAGUUUAAAUAGGAGUGGAUGGUGCAACACAGCCAAUGAGAUGAAGUACAGGAGCAUCCUCUACUUUGGGCUCCCGCAUAGGUUGAUGCUGUUUAAGAAUUCAGGCUUCAGAGUUCACAUUUUAAAUGUCGGUGUGAUCGGGCCUUUACACAGGAUUUCCAGUGCAGCGGCAGGUGUGCUGUGUUUAUGAGCAGGUGUGUUUUAUGCGACGCUGUGUUUGAGGUCAGAUACUGAGGCAGACAGACAGAAGAAGGAAGACGAGAAUCUUGUAACAGCAACCAGGAUGUUGUCAUUGCAGUGUAUGUUUCCUAUUUAAAAAGAAGACAGUAUCCAAAAGCAUCAUUAGUGUGUACAACUUUACAGGUGACAGUGAUUACAAAGAUGUUUUAUAUUGUGAUGUAAGUGAUGGAUGUUGUCAUACCCUUAAACCCCAGCUUUUUCUGAUAUUUUCUCUUUGUUUAUAAUCUUUAAAGGGACACUUCAUCAGAAAGCUGAAAUAUUCCUUUCACUUUCCUUUCUUCCUGGACUCCUUAGAAAAACAGUUGUUUGGAGAAGUUUGCCAAUUCAGCCAUAGGUUUGUCUCCAACUUAACGAUAGAAUACAUAAAUGCUGUUCUCUCCAACAGAAUAUGUGAGGUCAGUUCAGAGUCAGAAAGCAGGGAGUUGUGACACAUUCAAACCUUUAUUAUAAAAAUUUCCAAGAGUUGCCAUGUUUUAUUUUCAUAUGAUGACGAUGAUGAUAUUGAUAAUACUAUAUGAACGGUUGAAGAAUGAAUCCUUAAAUCCUGCAUAGUUUUCUUAAAAGAAUCAUAGAUUCAUCUGUUGUGGGGUUUUUUUUAAUAGUUUUUCACACAGCCCACAGCCAUCAAAAUGCAUUUAAAGCAAAAUGUCAAAGGGAUAAAUCUGACAUCUUCAACACAUGAUAUUACCAGUAUGGAUUUGUUCAUAAUGGAAAUGCAUACAUUGUGUACAUACAUGGAGGCUGCUCGGUGGCCUUUUUUUCUUGAGUUUCUUUGCUUUUUCCAUGUAUUAUAUGCCAGUAAUAACAACAGAACUUGUACUCGAACCUCAGAACCUAUCAUGUAAAACUUGUCUUAAGAAUCCAUGAAUACAUUUUCAUACAUUUACAAACACACACAUACAUACUGUAUGCAUCUAUGCCAAUGAGUACACCCUCUCAGGACUGCUGUUAUGCUUUAUUUUCUCCAUAAGUCCAGAGAAAAGCAGUUCUGUGGUCCGACAAGUGAAAGAAAGUGAUUUCUUUGACAUGCUUGGGAACCACUCACCCUUCCAGUAACACCAAGUUAAAACGGUCAUAAGUUAAGGGUUUUUUUUUGUUUUUUUUUGGUUGUUAUAAUAUUUACUCUUUUUUUUAUAUGUACACUGUUUUCUGCUACUCUUCUUUGUUUUAUGUGUUCUGUCUCUAACCGUACAUGGUUAAUAUUAAAGUUGACAAGGUUAUGCUUUAA